ACCGUAAUCGCCCGUUACCGGAAUCCGAGAUUGCAACGUAUGCAAAAGUGCCAUAUUAAGCGCAUGCAAAAAGAGAAAAAGAAAAGAAAAAAAACGCUGACUGCGCCCUCGGCCGCCCACUUUGCUAGCGGCAAAUUUAGUUCAACUUGCAAACUGCGGGUGACCACAAAAAUAAAAAUAAAACCAAAAAGGAGUCCACAUAAGUCCAUAAACCACAUCCACAUCCAAGACAACACCACCCAGAAUGUAUCCCUGGAGCUCGUCCUCGUACAGCGGUCAAGCGACCAACGGUGGCCAAAGCAGGACGAUGCCGAACGGUUUGGACGAUCAGGAGAAGCUGCUCGCCGAGGCGGUCGGUGCGGCACGCAAACAGGCAUUCCAAAUGAAUCACUUUCUGGACAAGGAGCGCAUGCUGGAUGCCCUCAAAUGUGCCAGCACAAUGCUAAGCGAGCUGCGCACUUCAAUGCUAUCGCCCAAAAGCUACUACGAGCUGUACAUGGCUGUUACCAAUGAGCUGUGUCACCUGGAACUGUACCUCAGCGAGAAGAGCCACAAAGAGACGGAUCUUUAUGAACUGGUGCAAUACUCUCAUACGAUAGCGCCACGGCUCUAUCUGCUGAUCACAGUGGGCAUUGUGUACAUAAAGAACGACUCGACGCUGAAGCGCAGCAUUCUUAAAGAUCUGGUGGAGAUGUGUCGCGGUGUUCAGCAUCCACUACGUGGUCUUUUCCUGCGCAAUUAUCUACUGCAAUGCACUCGCAAUAUACUGCCCGAUGUCCUGGUCGCUGAAAAUGAGCAUGAGGGCAACGUGUAUGAUGCCAUCGACUUUGUGCUCACAAAUUUCGCCGAAAUGAAUAAGCUGUGGGUGCGCAUGCAGCAUCAGGGUCACUCAAGUGAGAAGACGCGUCGUGAGAAAGAGCGCGAGGAACUGAAAAUCUUGGUGGGCACGAAUUUGGUGCGAUUGUCGCAACUGGAGUCCGCCACACUGGAGACGUACAAACGUCUGAUACUGCCGGGCAUACUGGAGCAGGUGGUCAGCUGUCGGGAUGCCAUCGCUCAGGAGUAUCUGAUGGAGUGUAUUAUACAGGUAUUUCCCGAUGAGUUUCAUCUGCAAACGCUCGAUCCGUUCCUAAAGUCCUGCGCCCAACUGGAGACGGGUGUAAAUGUUAAGAACAUUAUUAUAUCGUUGAUUGAACGCCUGGCUGCCUACAAUCAGCGCAGUGGCAAGACCAGUGGCAAUGCCAUUGAUGCCAUCAUACCCGCCGAAGUGGAACUGUUCGAAGUGUUCAGCGUGCAGGUGGCAAACAUUGUGCAGACGCGCACGGACAUGCCGCUGGAGGACACAAUAUCGCUGCAAGUGGCCUUACUCAGUCUGGCGCAGAAAGUGUAUCCCGAUCGUGUUGAUUACGUGGACAAAGUGCUGGGCACAACUGCACAAAUACUCGAUCGCAUGAACAUGAACAACAUCUCGCAUUUGUUGUCGGUCAAUCAGGAACUGUCUCGUCUUCUACGCAUAUGCAUAGAUUUCUAUAACAAUGCGUUGACCAUUAUACAACUGCUUAACUUCUGUCCGCUGCUGGAAAAGUUCGAUUACACGUCGCGCAAAUCGUUAGCUCUGUAUAUGGUCAUGAAUAUACUGGAGAAUGAGACGCAAGUGCCGACAGCAGAGCAAGCAGACAGCUUAUUGACGAUCAUAACCCCGUUGAUUAAGGAUGACGACUCAAGUACAGCAGCUACAACUAAUAGUGCAGACGCAGAAGAGUUUGCUGAGGAGCAGGGCGUUGUGGCGCGUUUUAUACAUCUGUUGAGAUCAGAUGAGCCGGAUAUGCAAUACAAAAUGCUGCAAACAGCGCGUAAACAUUUGGGCAAUGGCGGUGGCCAACGGUUGAAGCAUGUGCUGCCGCCGCUUGUGUUUGCUGCCUAUCAGCUGGCAUUUAAAUACAAAGCCAUUGCGGAGCAGGAUGAGAACUGGGACAAAAAGUGCCAGAAGAUUGUGCAGUAUUGUCAUAGCACUAUCAGCGCAUUGGCCAAAGCUGAUUUACCCGAUUUGGCGCUACGUUUGUAUCUGCAAGGCGCCCUUGUGAUUGGUGAAAUACGCUACACGAAUCAUGAAACUGUCGCGUAUGAGUUCAUGACACAGGCUUUCUCCCUGUAUGAGGAUGAGAUUUCCGAUUCGAAGGCACAACUGGCGGCAAUCACACUCAUAAUGUCCACAUUUGAGCAAAUGUCCUGCUUUGGCGAGGAAAAUGCUGAGCCGCUGCGCACGAAUUGCGCUCUGGCUGCGUCCAAGCUGCUGAAGAAGCCCGAUCAGUGUCGAGGAGUUGUGGCCUGUGCGGCGCUCUUCUGGAGUGGCAAGCAAAAUGGCGAGGAAAUGCGCGAUGAGAAACGCACGUUAGAUUGUCUGAAGAAGGGCGCACGUAUUGCUUCGCAGUGUCUGGACACCGGAGUACAAGUGCAGUUGUAUGUAGAGCUAUUGAAUCACUAUCUCUUCUACUUUGAACGUGGCAACUCACUCAUCACAGUGGCAAUGCUGAAUCAGCUUAUUGCAAAGGUGAAUGAGGAGCUGCCGAAUCUGGAGCCGAGCGAGGAAACCAAACAGAUCGAGAGUCAUUACAAGAAUACGUUGGCUCACUUACGCAGUCGCAUGGAAUCGAAUGACACGACACUGGAAGUCUCCUUUGCUGGCAUCACACUCAAUUAGUUGAAACAGUUGCCUCGAGAUUGUAACUAAUCGCGAUAGAGCUCUCCUCAUUUAGUGAAACAGCACGCCCCCCUUGAUCAUGCAUAUUUUUGUAACGCUACUUAUCAGUCAACAGACAGUUAACCCACUCUUUAAAAGGCUGGACAAAUUAGAACAAUGCUGAAUCACGCGACCGAGCAUUGCGAUACGAUCAAACAAACAAGCAAACAAAAAAAAACUGAUUUCUUAAAGAAACGAAAUUCCAUGAUAAAUUGUAGAUUUGUUUAGGGUAGUGGAGCAUGGACUACCGAUAAAGUGCUUAUGACAUUUUGAUUUCCAAUUCGGUUUCGAUUAUAUAUUUCUAAGUGCAAAGUAUCAACAUUCUCGAUGAUUUUUCCUCCCUUAUUAUAUUAUUCGCAUAUUUAGUUAAUAAUUACAAGUAAUUAUCCGCAACAACAACAUCAUCAAAUUGUAUUUUAUUUUAUUCUAUUCAUUAAUCCCUGCAAAACAAAUAAACACUCGUGUGAAAUAUUGUUAAACAAAUUGAAAAAAAAAUAAAAUAAAAGCAAACCCUUAAAUGAAUUAACUAUUAUAAUACAUACCAAUAUGAAUUAAUCAUUAUGUAUACAUAUAUGCAAUUUCCAACGGUUUUGAUUGUGGAUAAAUAAAGUUAAGAUCAAAUUGUUUUUAGAAUGUGUAUAAAAAAACGAAAACGAAA